AUGAAUGUCAAUAGAAAUAAGCUGGUCUGGGAUGCUAUACCAUCCAUUUUCCCAGAUCUCCCAAAUCCACCACCACAGUUAACAUCACAGCGCAAGCCACCUGCCAUGAGAAACAUCUCUAUAUUGAAUUUGCCACAGAUUGAAGAGGAAAAAUGUCAAGUCCAUGUGCAGAAAAUUGUACAGCUACACACUGAAUUGAUCUCAGCACGUCAAAAGCCAGAAUAUAAUCUUUCUGCUGGGGAAAUUGUGCAGGCUGCUGUGGAUAUUGGUAUGAAACCAGCAACAGCCAAGUGGACUGUGAAUGAGAAGGCAAUGGCUCUUGGGAUAUACUUCAGGAGUAGGAAAGCUAAUCAGACAUUGUGUGCGUUAUUUACGAUGCCAUCUGCUAGCACUCUCAACAGUUUCAAUUUUGUUACUGUUGCUGAUGUUAUGGGUAUGGGUGUGAUUUUUACAUACAGCUUCAUGGAAGGAUGUGGAAAAAUUGACAAAAGUCUUCCUGUCCGCAUGGCUCCUAAACUGACAACAAAGCAUAUUUUUUUGCCACCAUUUUCACCUAUGAGGGUAAUUACUUCAUUGUUUUUAUCUCCAAGGUUAUUCGUAGAUGAUUUUACUAAUUUAGAUCUGUGA